AGCGGCCAACUGAGAAGAGCGCUUGGUUGGUGCCGCCCAGGACACUCCUCGCUCGGCAGUCCACUUUUGCCCCUGCCCAGCAGGGCACGUCCAGGUCGCUUCCUGCCCUUGGAGCAGAACCAGCCAGGCUGCGGGGAGAUGCCAGCCAAGACCCCCAUCUACCUGAAGACGUCGACCCCCAAGCGGGGCAGGAAGCUGCGUCUGCGCGACGUGCUGUCCAGCGACAUGAUCAGCCCCCCGCUGGGCGAUUUCCGGCACAGCGCCCACAUCGGCCUGGAUGGGGAGGGCGAUAUGUUUGGGGAGCUCUCCUUCCUGCAGGGCAAGUAUGACCUGCUGCCCCAUCUAGGCCGCGGCGGCGGUGGCAGCUCCUCAGGGCUGGCAGAAGAGUCCUUUGGCCGCUGUUCAGCUGGUGCCAGCUACCGCACCCUCCUGAAGAGCGCCGUCUCUUUGCCCAUGUUCAGCGGGCCCCAGGGCCAGGAUCAGGCCCCGCCCAAGCCACCGCGCCUGCACCUGGAGGAGAUGCCCAGCGGAGGGCAGCAGCGCUCCAUGUCAGUGAGCUGCGCUAGCGAGGACUGCUUCCGCAGCAGCAGCAGUGCCGAGGGCCUCUCCUUCUCUGCCAGGGGCCGCUAUGACCCCCUGCUGCUGGCCUCCUCCGCCUCCUUCUCUGCGCCCCCGCCAGAGGACUGUUUCGUGGGAAUCAGCAGCUAUUGCGUGGACAGCCGGGAAUGCCCCUGCGGCACAGAACUGCCCCGCUCAGAGUCUCUGCUGCGGCUGGACCUUGACCUGGGCCCCUCCAUUUUGGACGACGUCCUGCGCAUCAUGGAGGAAUACCAACAGCCUGUCCCUAAAGCCCUGUAGGAUGCCCCCGUCCCCUUCGCCAGC